UUUUCGUUCAGCAGAAUAAGUCGAGUCGUCGACAUCUUUUAAAAAGCGAGCAUUCCCGUACGUUAUGGUUAAAUUUUGAGCUAAACAAUUUUAUUUAGAGAAACCACAAAACACAAGGGACCAGUGGGAUUUAUCUGUAUUUGUCCCGUUUUGAGUGAAACUUGUUAUUGUCUUUUUCAAAGAUGGGCAGUCCGUACCAGCGCUCAGUACCACUGGAGGUGAGGAGAGCAGAGGGAGAGAGAGUUCGGGCCAAGCACCCUGACAAGAUACCGAUCAUUGUGGAGAGGGCCCAGAGGUCACGAGCUCCCGAACUGGACAAGAAGAAAUACCUAGUGCCCUCAGAUUUAACAGUGGGCCAGUUGUGCUUCCUGAUCCGUCAGCGUGUGUCUUUGAGGCCAGAGGAGGCACUCUUCUUCUUUGUCAACAACUCCCUUCCCCCAUCGAGUUCCCCUCUUUCUGCUGUAUAUGAGGAGCACCAUGAAGAGGACCUGUUUCUCUACAUGACCUACAGUAAUGAGAGUGUGUACGGUGCCUGAGGGAGGCUGGCAAAAGACUGGAGAAGGAAGAGAGAAUGAGAGGAGACAAAGUGAGACUGUGAGGAAUAAAGAGUUACGGCUGUUUGCAAUGUGUCACACCACUAUUAUUCUUUUAUAUUAGUUUUGAUAAGUAACUACAGUACAUGGUGGAAGAAAGGCUUCGCACAAGGCUGAUGGGAUGCUGGUAGGAGUUACCCUUGUCAGUAUUUGGGGCUGAGCGUAAUGCAUUUUAUUACACAAGUUAUCUUGAUUCCUGCACUUGGU